GUAGAGUUCAAAACUUUGAAAAAUUUGUUGCGAAAAAAUUGAAAUUUCCACCUAAAAAUUACACCAAAAUAUCUACCAAGGACAAAGAAAGCUAAAUUUAGAGUUAAUAUACUUAUUAUGUCAUUUAUUUCCAAGGCCUUUGAGUAUUUUGUUGCAUCUCCUGCUAAGGCAGAUCCUGUUUCUGAUUCAAACACUGCUGAUAUAGAAAAUAACAUUCAAGACCUACCAGCUGAAACUGAAAUGUCUCCUUUGACUGAAGACAAUGACAAUGGUGAUGAUUCAUCAGCAUCAGAGUAUGAUGUCAAUGAUGAUGAAGGAUGUAUUACUGACACCAUGAAGGCAGAAGAGAACAAAAUACAUCAACAGACUGUCAAAAAAGAGAACAAAGAAAAAAUAGAGUGCAUGGAUGAAUGGGCCGCAAUGCAAGAGGGCCAGAAGUUUGCCAGACUUCAGCACUUGCUUAACAAGUCAAACAUUUACUGCCAGUUCUUGUUAAAACGAAUGGAAGAACAACGAGAAAAUGAGGAAAAGAAACAGAAAAGAAUGGCAAAGAGACAAGAAAAUAAGGAAAUCAAAGAGGCUACUAAACCACAACAGGUUCAAAGAAGAUCUGCCAGAAGAAAAGAAAACGAUCAGUCAGAUAGUCAAGGAUCUACUGAUAAUGAUCAACCAGAACCUACUUUGAAAACAAAGAAAGGAAGAAAGCGAAAAGCAGAACAGAGCACCAGCAAGUUAUCAGAUUACAUUACAGAAGAGGCAAUUGUAAAAAGACAGAAAAUGAACGAAAGCAAGAGCCCACCAAGGACUCCUCUCAGUAAUCGCAGCCCAGAACAGUGUGUCCCUAAUACACCCAAAAGUGCCUCUCCCAAGAAAGAAAAAGCAGUUACUGUUGAAGGUGAUGUUCAUACAUCUCAACCAAGUUUACUAACAGGAGGAGUGAUGAGAGGAUAUCAGAUUGAAGGCUUAGAAUGGCUUAAGGUGUUAUAUGAAAAUGGUGUGAAUGGUAUUCUAGCAGAUGAAAUGGGUCUUGGCAAGACAGUGCAGUGUAUUGGCUUGAUUGCACAUUUAAUAGAAAUGGGUGUCAAAGGACCCUUUCUUGUCGCUGCACCCCUUUCUACUCUACCUAACUGGGUGUCUGAAUUCCACCGCUUCACUCCUAAAAUUCCAGUGAUUCUUUACCAUGGAAGUAUAGAGGAACGAACUAUAUUACGAAGAAAAAUAGACAAACUUGUUGCCGUUGGUCCAUAUGUAUCCCAGCCAGUGAUAGUCACGUCUUACGAGAUAUGUAUGAAUGACCAGAAACACCUUUACAAUUACCAAUGGAAACACAUGAUAGUAGACGAGGGACAUCGCAUUAAGAACUUAAACUGUAGGCUUAUAAGGGAGCUGAAGACAUAUGACAGUGCUAACAGACUUYUAUUAACUGGUACGCCACUACAGAACAACCUGCAGGAAUUAUGGUCCUUACUCAACUUUCUUCUCCCWGAUAUAUUUGAUGACCUUAGCAGUUUCCAGAGGUUAUUUGACUUCAGUGCUAUUGGUGACGAGGAAAGCAAAGAAAGGAUUCUGGCGCAAGAGAGAGAACAUCAAGUGUUGAAAACACUACAUUCUAUUUUAACCCCAUUUCUGCURAGGAGACUUAAAUCAGAUGUAGAAUUAUCUCUACCUCCAAAGAAAGAGCUGUUAGUAUAUGCACCACUGACAAAAAAGCAGACUACKUUUUACAAGGCAGCCUUGGAUAAAACUAUUGAGAAUAUUGUUGGACCACAAAAGAACAAAAAAGAAGAAAUCAUAGAGAUUAAUUCUGCUGGUAGACCAGUAAGGAAGAAGAGACUGAAUAUUAAUUAUAAAGUCUUUGAUGCACAAGACUUUGAGGAGCUGGCCAAUACACUGACAGAAAUGAAAACUACAAGAGAGCCUGAAAUGCGCACAACAAACCAACAACAACAUGAUUCAGUAGUAUCUAUACCAUUAAGAAAUAUCCUGAUGUUACUGCGCAAGUGCUGUAACCAUCCCUACCUACUGGAAUACCCCCUGGAUCCAGCCACACAGCAGUUUAAGAUCGAUGAAGAGCUAGUCAGCUGCUCUGGAAAAAUGAAGAUAUUGGAUCAAUUAUUAGCAGGAUUACGUGCUAAAGGUCAUAAGGUUCUAAUAUUCUCACAAAUGACCAAGAUGUUAGAUAUUUUAGAGGACUUCUGUUAUUUACGGAAAUACAACUAUUGUCGACUGGAUGGUGCUAUGUCUGUACAGGAUAGACGUGAACAGAUGAAAGCCUUCACUACAGAUUCCAAUGUAUUUCUGUUUCUACUGAGUACACGUGCUGGAGGCCUGGGGCUGAAUCUGUCUGCAGCUGAUACCGUAAUCAUCUAUGACAGCGAUUGGCCCUUUCAUAUUUCAGGAAAAUUCAAAGGAAAGUUAGACGAUAAUGUACUAAGUGCCGAAGAACUAAGAGAUCUAUUAGAAGCUGCAAGUCACGACCAAGUGAUCGCUAACGAUGGAUUAUUACUGAGCAAAAAGCAGCUCAGCGCACUACUGGACAGAAGCGACCUUAUUGCUCAGCACAACGAGAAAAAUAGGACUGUACCUGAUGUGGAUAGCACUGAUAGUGCUCUAUUUAAAGUGAUUGACAGCUCAUCCUAACGCAUAGCAUUAAAUGCCCGUUUACGCUAGUUGCUCGUGAGAUCGCGAUUGCAGAAGUAGUUUCUGUUUUAACUUCACUGUAACCUCACGUCGCGUGUUGAAACUAGCGGCCACUUUACCUCUUUACCUUGGGCGUAAUGUUUGGCCUAUUUCGGACCACGUGUCAUUCCCUUUAGUAUCAUGUCUUUGUUUGGAUGCAAAUGAAACGAAGAAUAYCWUUCUCAAAGGAAUGAYAUGUGGUMUGAAAUGCGCAAAYUAAACGCCCAAGYUUWAGAGAUCUAUUGCCCAAAAGUURCAUCAAAAGUCGCCCGUCUGAACAGUCCUUACCAGAUAUUAAUCCUUCGUUGUUUUUAAAUGCAGCAGGCAAUAUAUAUAUAUAUUGUAGAUAAGAGAGCGCUUGUAGAUAAUAUUAAAACAUCCAAUCUUGUAACUACUACAUUAUUUAAUAGUCAAAAAAGGGUAAGGCAAUACCAUAAAUGCAAGCAUGCGUAUUACAAAGUAGGUUUUCUCCAAAUAAUAAGAAAUAUUUUUUGUCAGUUGCAUUUGYACUUGCGCAAAUUCAUGUUCACUUGUUCCAAAUUCAAGAAAAUGUGGCGUUUCACACAGAACUUUGCUUGUACUUAAUCUGUCUUUGCUUGUAUUCGUCUUUGUUGUACUUUGAGUUCUUAGAUUAAAUGUUAACAGUG